AUGGUUUCUAAAGAUAAGCUUCUGAGGCUCAGUGAGCUUUCAGCCAAGAUAUUUGACCAGAACUUCAACCCCAGUGGUGUACGGACAGGUGCUAAGAUUUUGUCAAAAAGACUGAAGGGACCAGCUAUUGCAAAUUACUAUCCAAACCCAGAUUUCAUCAAGUUCAAACAGCUAAAGUCACUAUAUCCAGGUUUCACGUUCACUGAUGAGGAAGAAGCAUAUAGAACCUCAAUGGUAGAGCUGAGGAAGCGUAGAGGUAAAGGUGCGCCUGCAAAAAAGAAGGGACCAAGUACGGACAAGAAGAAGAAGUAG